CUCCGGUGCGAUCGGUUCCACUGUGUCUCUCUACUUCUGAUUCAAUUACGUAUGUCCAUCCUGUCUGGACAAAGUGACUUUAUAUGUGAGACAUUUUCCACACACCUGGUUUCCUUUCUAACACGCAUCUUCGCAGUCAGGCAAGGAACAAACGAUCGGAAUUGAGUGAGGGGGGCUCGGCGAAAUGGCGAGCCAACUAUGGAAGGCGCUGACCCGAAGACGGAUCGAAGAGAAUCAGGAGAGCAAAGGCGAGCUUGCUCGUGUUUUAGGCUUGUUUGAUCUCACGGCACUCGGCGUUGGUUCGACCCUCGGUCUCGGCGUUUAUGUCCUCGCUGGCAGCAUCGCCAAAGACACAGCCGGCCCAGCUGUCUGCAUCUCCUUCCUGAUUGCUGCGAUAGCUUCCGCAUUUGCUGGAAUGUGUUACGCAGAAUUCGCCUCGAGAGUCCCCAAGGCAGGAUCGGCAUACGUUUAUAGCUACGUGACAGUGGGAGAAUUCGUUGCCUUUAUCAUAGGGUGGAAUUUAAUGUUGGAGUAUAUAAUAGGUGUGCAAAUAAAGCCUUCUUUCUGCUCACUUUGUACAGCAAGCGUCGCCCGAGGACUUAGCAAUUACUUGGACGCAUUAAUAGGAAACGUGAUAAGCAAGACAUUGUACGCUGCGAUGCCUAUCCGCGUCCUAUUUUUAUCAGAGUACCCAGACUUCUUCGCAUUUGGUGUAGUACUACUUCUUAUAAUCCUGUUGAGCAUAGGAGUAAAGGAAUCUUCGAUGUUGAAUAAUAUAUUCACCGUAGUGAAUUUGACUACCAUUUUAAUCAUUAUAGUGGCAGGAUCCAUCAAAGCUGAUCCAGCAAAUUGGAGAAUAUCAGCAGAGCAAAUACCAGAAUCAGUGACACAUGCAGGAUCAGGAGGAUUCAUGCCUUUUGGUAUAAACGGAGUGAUGGCGGGGGCGGCAAGAUGUUUUUACGGUUUCGUUGGAUUCGACGCUGUGGCAACCACCGGUGAAGAAGCUAAGAAUCCUCAACGCAAUAUACCCAUAGCCAUUGUUGUUUCCUUAGUUAUAAUCUUAAUGGCUUAUUUUAGUAUCUCUACCGUGCUAACUAUGAUGUGGCCUUACUACGAUCAAAAUGCGGAUGCACCAUUUCCAUAUGUCUUCGAACAAAUUGGAUGGCCUACCAUUAAAUGGAUUGUUAACAUUGGUGCAGCAUUUGCAUUAUGUACAAGUAUGCUCGGUGCUAUGUUCCCCUUACCACGGAUACUGUACGCCAUGGGUAGCGAUGGAGUAAUUUUUAAACGACUUGCAAGUAUACAUCCGAAAACGAUGACGCCUAUCUUUGGAACAGUGGUCUCUGGUUUACUCACAGGAAUUAUGACACUGCUUUUUAAUCUUCAACAAUUAAUUGAAAUGAUGUCCAUAGGGACAUUAUUAGCGUACACGAUAGUGGCAAUAUCUGUAUUAAUAUUAAGGUAUCAAGGGAAGGAAUAUACAUCGAAUAUGCAGUCUGUAACAACAAUGAGUGGUUAUGAAUUAACACCACUCAAAAUCUUAAAACAAAUACUCAAUUUGCAAAAUCAAAAAGAAAUAACUGAGAUGUCUAACAAAGUUGCAAAUUAUAGUAUUGCAAUUUUGUGUAUUGUUACGUUCGUUAUUGCGCUUUUCGUUAAUUAUGUGGGUGCCGGAGCAUUUGGCAACAAUGUAAUAGAAUCUGUGAUACUAAUCCUACUUGUAAACAUAUUAUUAUUAAAUAUAAUUGUUAUCGCAAGGCAACCUGUCCAAAAGAUUGAUCUAGCAUUUAAGGUGCCAUUAGUGCCAUUUCUUCCAUGUUGCAGUAUUUUCAUAAACUUAUAUUUGAUGUUGCAACUAGAUGGUUUUACCUGGAUCAGAUUUUCUGUUUGGAUGCUCAUAGGUUUCGCAAUUUAUUUCCUUUACGGGAUAUCUCAUAGUGAACAAGGGAAAAGAGAUAAAGUGGAAGCUGAAAUGAUAAAACGAAAGUAUGCAGAUCAAGUUAGAAUCGUAACGAAAUUCUAAAAAUGAUCUUACAAAAUGUGAUAUUUUCGGUAUUAACUUGUAAAACCUCUGCUCAGAAAAAGGAAUCAGGUGUUACAACAUAUGACCACAAUUUUAAAAUGCAAAUAAUACAUCCAUGGCAAAUCAUUGCGUGAUAUUUACAAAAUAUAAAGCAUUAGGAAAAGGAUAUUAACUUUUUACUGUAUUGAAUAUUUUUUAUAUUGUUAUUACAAAGCAAAAUAGUUCUUAUCAUGAAAUUUUGAAAUACCAAUAUAUAUUAGGCGUUUUAAAUAUGAGGACAUAUACAGGCAUAAGCUGUUGCACAUUAUAAGGUCAAUGCAUUAAAUAUUCUACACGUACACAUAAUAUAAUUCCAUCAAGAAAA